GUUUUUCUACAUGUUGCAGAAUUGGCCAUUGAUGCCCGUAAGGGUAGGAAUGGUCUCAACGCGGUGGCGUGAACGCAUUGCACGUUCCGUGCGUUCACAGCACAAAGAGCUCUUGGAUGUUCUCUCUGGUGCCGACUCUGUAAAAUACCGUAAAAUACUCUCUGACUUCUGAUCAGUGGUGCUUAUCCGGUGCUCAGCGAAGCGUACAAUUUUCGUCAGUUAUGGCGGAUGUCAUAGUUGUGCCAUUUAACCUUAAUUUCACAAACUACCGGUAGUAAUCGCGUUUACGUAUUAUUUCUAUGAGAAAAAUGUCAUAGAAGUGUUUGUGUGCACGAUGUUGCGUUGGUCAUUGGCCACGAGAAUGUCCUGGCGGAGUAUUCGGCAGCUCGUCAGGUGCUGGAGUUCGGGCGCACGAGCGCCUUUGCCAGAGGGGCCCGGGUUCAAGGAAUUUCUUUCUGGUACCGCCGCCACCACCUCCGCUGUUCCACAAUUGGAGAACACCCCCUACCUAAGCCAUGCGGCGGCGAAGGGUCUCGGGCGGAACCGGAAAGUGUAUUUUGAUGUUUAUGGCUGCCAAAUGAAUGUGAACGAUACAGAAGUUGUGUGGGCAAUACUCAAAAAAUCUGGUUUUACCAAAACAGAAGAAUUAAAUGAAGCUGAUAUUGUCCUCGUGAUGACCUGUGCCAUUCGAGAAGGAGCUGAGACCAAAGUAUGGAACAGAUUGGAAUAUCUAAAAGGUCUAAAAAAUGCUCGUACGAGAAAGAAAUCUUUACCAGCAAUGAAGAUUGGAAUUAUAGGUUGCAUGGCAGAAAGGCUGAAAGAGCGCUUGUUGGAGAGGGAGCGUGCAGUGGAUUUGGUUGCCGGACCUGAUGCAUAUAAGGACCUUCCACGCCUUUUGGCACUCACUGACAACAACCAGACAGCUGUGAAUGUGUUGCUUUCUUUGGAUGAAACUUACGCGGACGUGAUGCCUGUUCGUUUAAACCAGGACUCUGUUACAGCAUUUGUAGACCUUUCAGAAGUGCACCAUUUUGGAAGUGCAUCAACUGAUGAGGAAACACACAUGUCUAGAGGUUUCAAAACUGUUUACAGACCAAAACGCGGAGGCCUCAGAUUUGCAGACCUCUUGGAAAAAGUUUCAAAUGUCUUGCAUUUGAUUCGUGAACGUCCAAAUAUUUGUAACAACCUCCACCUGCCUGCUCAGAGUGGAAAUGACCAUGUACUGGAGCGCAUGAGGCGGGGCUACACGCGUGCAGCAUAUCUGGAGCUUGUGGAUCACGUGCGAGAUGUCCUUCCUGGCGUCACGCUUUCCAGCGACUUCAUUUGCGGUUUCUGUGGAGAAACUGAACAAGAGUUUGAGGACACCCUCUCGUUGAUGGAGCGUGUGCAAUACCACAUGGCGUUUUUGUUUCCCUACAGCUUGAGAGAAAAGACUGUGGCCCACCGUAAACUGCAAGAUGAUGUUCCCUCAGCUGUGAAACAAGAGAGGCUUUUGGCAAUGGUGGGAUUGUUUCGAAGAGGAGCGCUUAAGUUGAACAAGGAACAGAUUGGGCGCACGCAACUUAUUCUUGUGGAAGGGCGCAGCAAACGGUCUGACCAAUUCCUUGCUGGCCGAAAUGACGGCAACACUAAAGUGAUAAUUCCAGCUGACAGUGUCCCUGAACAUAGAUUUUCAAGAAAUGAUAGGCCAAUUGUUUCUGGGGAUUACGUAGUCGUUCAGAUCAAUGAUGCAAGUUCACAGGUACUCAAAGGAACUCCGUUGUACCACAGCACACUAUCAGAAUUUCAACAAUUAGAUAUAAGAGAUGUCAACAGAAGUCAUAACUUAUGAUGUUUCGAACAGGAUUGUUAAUAUAGUAAUUUUUCAUUGUACAGUGUAAAUAAAUAUAUUAAAUACUACAAUAAAAUAAUAACCCUGGUGGAUGGUGUAACGGUUAGCGUACCGGAUUGUUGUACCCAAGUUCGCGGGUUCAAAUCCGAUCGAAGCCGUGGAUUUUUAAGGGCGAGAAAAUCCUUCG